AUGUGGUCAUUGCUUGUGCUUUGCAGUUUGACCCGAGCGUACGGCCAGUGCCAGGAGGCCUCCCAAUGCGGCCUGGACAAUCAGGCCUUCCUUCAGCUCCGCGAAAGCCCGGGCUCGGCCUCGACGGAGAAAGACAUCCGAAUCCCGGCCAUUUGCCCAUCGCGGUUGUGUCCAGAUGAGAAGGUGGAGGACCACACCUCUGCCAACCUGACGGUCCUCUUCGCGUUCCACUGCCCGGAAGAAGGGCUCAAGAAGUUACAUCAGGACCUGAUGGAAAUCUCGGAUCCCCAGCACGAGCGCUACGGCAAGUGGCUUAGCAAGCAGGAGGCAGACAGCCUGUGCGACCCGGACAAGACCGUCGUGGAGUCAUGGCUCCGCGACCACAACUUGACACCGGAGGAGUCGUGGCCCCGACACCUUCGGGUCAAACUCUCGCCAGCCCAGGCCGAGAAGCUCUUCAAGACGAGCAUCCACCGUUACAAGCGGGGCGACCGGACAGUGGUGCAGGCCGAAGACUACUUCCUCCCCCACAAGGUGAACGAAGUCAUCUCCGCCAUCUAUGGCUUGAGCGACUUGCCACUGCGCGAGGCAUCUUCGCCUCCUCCAGCUCCACCAGCUCCUCCGGCUCGUCCAGCUCAAGCUUCGGAGUCCCCGGAUAUCGUGCAGCAGCUACAGGAGCUUUUCGCCGUCUUUCCGAUUCCGGAACGCAUUCAAAAUGCAACUGCUGGCUGUUUGAAGUUCAUUUCGGGGCUGCUUACUACUCUCAAGGGAGAUGUCAAGAAUGGGGUAGCCGUCCAGCAGCAGUGGGUCGACGGCAGAGUUCUCGGUGGCAUACCAAACCAGCCAACGUUCGACCAGGCUUUCCUAGCCGGCCCCGAUGUCGUCAAGCAGAUGUAUCAGGUACCCAAAAGCACCGCACCGGUGCAUGGAACCGAAGCCAACCAGUCAGUUUUGGUUAUCAGCAAGGAUACUGGUAUCGGCACCAACAUGUACUCGACUCUGCUGGCCCAGUGGUACCAAGAUUUCUAUGGCCAGCAAGCCACAAAUGUCCAGGUCCUUGGGAAAAGUUUUGAUGAUAUGGAGUCGCCGGACAUGGAUGUCACGGAGGCGAACGUCGACAUUCAGUUGAUGGUCGGAGUUGGGCCAAACAUCCCGACCUACGCGUACGGAGUCCUAGACUCAGGCGGCGCACUUGCAUUUAAAGAGUACUUCUCUAAGCUUGCCCACAUGGAAAACUCACCACUGGUGAUCUCAGUGAGUCAUGCAUUACAACCAAUUCCAUUUGAUGAAAAAAAUAAAGGGUACCAGCAAAUCUUGAACAUGGAGACGGACCUGGCGCUUGUUGCAGCGAGAGGUCGCACGGUGGUUGUAGCCUCAGGUGACGACGGCGCAGGGUAUGGUUAUUUGCCUGCGGAAGGGCCGGACAGUUUCUAUGCAAACAGCAACAUCACAGGCGAGUACUUUUUCACAGUUCCUGCUGAUUCCGUAGAAGAUUGCAAAGUUGUCUGUGGCUUAACCCACCGAAACACGCCCCGUUACAAUGUCUGUGGAGCUUGGUUGUUCGAGGAAGCAGCUGGGACUUGCACCAUGUUCAACAUGGGCAUGCCCUAUGAGAAGACAAAGGGUAGCGGAUUUGUUGGAGGCCCAGAGAUUGUCGCUGGACCGAUGGGACCAACCUGGCCACCUAUGAGUCCAUGGGUGACUUCCGUGGGCUCUACGGCACCGUGGCGUAAUGGCGAGUUUCUGAACCAAUGGAUGCCAGAAAGGGCAACCAACCACUUUGGCAGUGGAGGGGGCUUCAUGUGUCCGUACCCCACGGAGAAAGGGUUAGAAAUAUUCAAAAAAGCCACAAUGGACCAGCGGGCAGCGGUGGAGAACUACCAGAAAGGUUCCAAUCAUGUCAAGCCAUCCCCCAGCGACAAAUGCCAGAAAGGAAGGGGUUUUCCGGAUGUGGCCUCAUUGGGCACGAACCUUGCUGCGGCUACCCGAAAAGCUGGCAAGUUCCGCUGCUGUAACCCCGUAUCGGGCACGUCAGCCUCAGCUCCCAUCUUUGCUGCGAUCAUCUCGCACCUCAACGUGGAGCGCUUGGCCCGAGGGAUGCCGCCCAUGGGCUUCAUCAACCAAUGGUUGUACCAGAACUCCGAUGUAUUCAAUGACGUGACAGAGGGUGCGAACAACAUCGGUAGAGUCUUCACCUAUGGUGCGCAGGAGAAGUAUGGCUACAGCGCGGCCCAGGGCUGGGACCCCGUGACCGGCCUGGGCACGCCAAACUACCCGAAGAUGCUACAACGCAGCUCGGCUUGCAGCAAGCUUGUGCGUUGA